AUGGAUGGGUUAACCACAUCACAAAUUAGCGCUUCAGAGCAAACAUCGUUAGCAUUGGCAAACGGAUCUAGGAGGACAUGUUACGGUAGCACUUCAAGUCAGGAGUCCAAUCAAUCGACUGUCAUAGUUCAACAUACCAUCUCCAAGUACGAUACACUACAAGGAAUCGCUUUACGAUAUGGCGCUACGAUCGAAAAUCUAAGACGGCAUAACAAAAUAUGGGCCCAAGAUCGGUUGGUUAUUGGUGCGGUACUGAGAGUACCAAUUAACAAAGCCAACUAUGACUAUAAAAAUCCAAAUGAAGCCAUCAUAAAUAAAACUUCUUCCCAGAAAGAAGAAUGUAACAAACAUCACGAAAAGUCGGUAGAUUCUAAGAAAUAUGGAUAUUCCGACAGUCAGUCCGAUGGUAUUACUGAUCUAUUAAGUAAGGUAGAUCAACAAUUAGAAGCCUGUAAAGAGUUUAACGUAAAAAUGGAAAAGAAUUUAAGUGAUCCGGUUAGAAGAUACCAGGAAAACUCCAGCAAAGAUGAAUUACCAUGGAAGCCAAUAAAGAAAGAUCAUAGCAUCAUUCAGACUCAAGAAGUCGAUAAUUGUAUUGAAAGCGAUAGCGAUGAAAUGCAAGAACCUCUCGUUUAA